CCUCACUCACUACCCCACUGACCAUGAAGUCAUUCGCUACCCUCACUGCUGCCCUCGUGGCUACCACACUCCCUUCGCUGGCCGCCGCCAAUUCCAUCUUCGACAUCUUCAAGCCCCGUCAAGCAGCCCCGCAGAGCUGCCACGAAGGCUCCGUGCUGUGCCCCGGCUGCGAUGGCAGCAACAUUACAGAUGGUACCGGUGAUCUGUGGACUGUUACCUGCGACUUCGCCAUCGAGGCGGUCCACGAAGAAGCUGUCGCCGGUGACGUGACCACCAGCACCUGCUUGGAUGCUUGCCACGACAUGGACGAAUGCGUGGGAGUCACCUUUACCCCCAACGGUACCUGCGUCGUCGCUGCUGGACAGCAGAAGGGCUUGAGCUACUCCAGUGGAUACACCAAUCUCGCGCGUCUUCCUCCGACUCCCACCGCUUCAGGAGUCACCACCACCAAGACUUCUGCAUCGUCAACAUCUACCAGUGGCGAGUGUGAUCUGGAUGGCGACGAGAUCUGCCCCAAGUGCUCUGGUCAGGUCGCUAUCGAUAGCAAGGGAAAUGCCUACCGCGUUCUCUGCGAUACUUCGCUCAACUCCAACGGCAGCUACUCGCCUCAGGAUUGGAUGUCGCCCGAAGCUUGUCUCGAGGAGUGUGACAAGCUCGACUUUUGCACUGGUGUUACGUACAACGAGGAGCGAAACUGCGAACUCGCCAAGGCUGGCCCAGUCACUGUCUCCGACAAGUCGUUCACUGCCUUCCUGCCACUGCAGACUGCUGCACCCACCCCAGCUGCACGUUCGGUCACUAGCCAGACAUCUCUGAGCGCUACCACGGUUGGUCCUACCUUUUCUGUCUUGCCAAUCAACUCCGGCUGCAACCCCUCUGCAGUCAGCUGCAACGAAUGUGAUGGCUAUCAAAUUACCGAUAAAUUGAACGGAUCCUACACGGCCAUUUGUGCACGCGAGGCGAUAUGCCUUACCACUGACCCCCAAGGGGAAGGCACACAAGAGCAUUGUCUGGAGCGGUGUGACCAGGAUGUCACAUGCUUGGCCGCUAUGUGGUCGCCAGACUCGCUCCUCUGCAACCUAUGCCUGCGUGGUUUCGAGUUGGGUACGGCUGCCGGAGACUUCCCCUACGUGAUUCUCGCUGUCGACGUCGAUGGAAAGGCGAACGACGCCAUAACCACCAGUACGACCUCUGUUGAGCCAACUUCAAUCACCACUCAUCCUACCACGCUCAUCACUUAUCUGCCAGCUCCGUACCCGACUGAGACUUCUUCAGAUUCUGGACCUACAUCGACGCGACUCGGAAGUCUUCCACAUAGCAGCAACACUACGACAUCACAAAUCCCAUCAAUCACCCCGAGCCAAUCACAGGUAAUUUGUCCCGCGUCAGACAAUUCCGUCUACGUCGACCCGAGUUCGAAGAACCGGUACGUAGUCGGCUGUGACAACCGCUUCGACGCUGCGCACUCGGCCUACACUACUGCUGCCGACUUCGAGGCCUGUGCCGCUCAAUGUACUGCCUCUUGCGAUGGAUUCCAGUUCGGUGCCUCGAGUCGAUGUGGUCUUUACACCCAUGUCACCUUCAUCGGCCCCGCUGAGGGCUGGACUGUUGCCGCACGUGUCAACCAACUCAGCACAGCCAUGCCAUACACUGCCACAUCGUUUGAUGUGAGCGCAGUGGUGAGUGCGCGCGCGAGCACGAUUGCAACACCUAGCUUCACCUUUGCACCAACCGCUGGCGCGUUCAGCUAUGCUUCGCCCAUGUCGAGCGCAUUUUCGACGAGCCGCCGCUACAACGUCACGGUUGCGGCUCAGUCACCUAGCAUGACUCUUGUCUAGAGAAGCAGCCGGGACCGCUUGCGGAAAGCACGAAGGAUGGAAAUGAAGUACACAUCACGCACCUCAACAUUACGUUCGCCAGGGGUGUUGUUGAACAGGUGUCUGCUGAUCAGCACGGCAUGGGCCACGAAGUGAAUGUAUCAUAGGCAUGAGCUGCACAGGUCCU